UAAGACUUUAUCAAGGGAAGAUGGAGAAAAGGUGGCUCUUCUGCUUCUUUUGUUUGCUCUCAGUGCCCAACAUUGCAGGCCAGCUCGAGGACGUCAUUACACAAGCAAAAGUGGUCCAUGCUUUCCCGGGUGCUGACGUGACUCUGCUAUGCAGCCUCCCAAAACCACACAACACCUACAUAAUACAGACACAGUGGUCCAAGACUGAUGUCAACCAGCUUACCAGAAUAGCUGUUUAUCACCCCAAUUAUGGCACUCACUACUUCAGCUUUCCUGAGGCUUCUUACAACUUUUCAGUAUCCUUCAGCAAGAGGAAUUGCUGCAACUGGGAUGCUGUAGAGGUUUUGUGUUCCCCCGAUCCAAAUGCCACAUUGGAGUGCAAUCAGUGGGCCCUGCAUCUGAAAAAUGUGACCAUCUCCCUUAAUGGGCAGUAUGAGUGCAGUUUUGCUACUUACCCGUAUGGGACAAAGGCUGCAAAAAUUCAACUGAUUAUCAAGGCAGAAGAGGAACAACACUACGUGAAGGAAGUGAGGUUAAACCAGACUUUAGAAAUUCCAUGCCUCAAGGACGUGACCACAGAAAAUUUGUCCAAUUAUCCUUUGAAAUGGCUAAUGGAGAAAAAUGGCAGGAAAGAAGAACUUGUGACCAAGGAGCCCUCCUGUCCUGCAGUGUACAAGAACAGCAGCAUGUUGUAUGGGCAAAGAGUCCACCUGGGUUUGAAUAACUCUUUAAAGGUUUUCCCCACCAAAAUUACAGAUGAUGGCAGAGUGUUUUCCUGCCACGUGAUCUACCACCCACAGAGAGUCCAGAAGACCAGCACCAUCGUGCGAGUAUUUGCCUACCCUGAGAUCUCUGUUAGCCUACAGGAGGGCUCAGCCGGCACCUCACAGAAGCCUAAUGUGAGCUGCGUGGUGAGGAAGGCAUUUCCCAAGCCAAGCCUGAUGUGGUACGUGGACAGAGCAAGCCUGGUGGAGCAACCCAGAGAAAUUUCUGUUGAACAAGAAGACUUGCAAGACAGUGAAGGUUUCUAUCAGCUGAUAUCAACACUGACAUUGCAAGGGACCCAGCAGAUACAUAAGACCUUCUCGUGUGCGUGUUUGUUUUCCUCCCUCAGGAGUUUCGUCAUUUCAUCAGAAGAAAUAUUUGUUUCCUUUGCCAAUAAGUCUAAUGAAACUUCAUUCAAAGCUUUUACCACCAUGGCUUCAGAAGACCUUGAAAAUUCAGCACUUCCAUCAGCUGUCGUGACUACUUCAGAGCACCAGUCAUCAUCUUUGGCCUCUCUGAAUUUCACAAGUCAAGCAAGUUUGGCUCCUGCUUCCAGGACACAAGCAGAAGCCCUGAUUUCUACCACCGAGACUAAAAGCUCUACCAGUGCAGCACCAUUUAAUGAGAAUUUGACAACAGCAUAUUCCACCACCGAAUCCCCACAAAGACUCAGGAAUGCCACACGCUCCUCUGAGAAUACAACCCUGGUGCAUCGUAACUUGUCCUUCAGCAUCACAGAUCAGCCAAUUUCAGCUACCAGAGGGAAAGACUUUACUACCGGCAGUCUGCUCAAUAGUACUGGUGGCGUGAGAAACACAAAAGACAGCCACUUCCCCUGGCCAACAGUAGUAGCAGUCCUGCUCCUCUUCUGCAGUUUUCUAACAGCUUUAGGCAUCAGGAAAUGGUGUCAGUACCAGAAAGAGAUUAUGAACAGACCUCCAUCUUUCAAGCCACCGCCACCUCCAAUAAAGUACACCUCCAUGUGUGAGUCUGAUGGGACUCCCCCAUUCUGCCACGAACUGGAAAACCUGUAAUAUUACCUAAACCCCUUGUGCAGUGUGCAGAAGACUGGCACAGUUAAAAGGCUUUGUCUUUAAAACAGUGUUUACAGGAGUUCGGUGUUAAUGACAUGUCUUAAAAUUCAGAGAGCCUAAAUGACAUUAAUGUUGGAAGCUGAGCACUGCUGAGGACACUUACUUCAUCCUGACACUCCCUGUGUAUGGCAUUAUGUUAACACCGUUGUGUCACCAUGAGAGUACAUGUACUUAAUUUGAAUUGGGUGAU